AUGGCACUAAGAACUUACGGCGAUAAGCCGAUAAGUUUUCAGAUUGAAGAAGGUGGAGAAUUUUACUGCGUGGGAUCAGAGGUUGGUAAUUACCUAAGGUUAUUCCGCGGUUCACUAUACAAGAAGUACCCUGGCAUGGCCAGGAGGACAUUGACGAAUGAAGAGAGAAAGCGUCUUAUUGAUAAUGGCUUAGGACCUCAUGUUUUGUCUAGCUCUGUAUCUUUACUGAAAGCUUCUGAAGUAGAAGAUAUCAUUGAAGGAAAUGAUGAUAAAUACAAAGCAGUAUCAGUAAGCCAAGAAUUGGCUACUCCAAGAGAAAGUAAGAGUAAGAAGCCACAUAAUCCAUCAUGGCUACCAGUGAUGCCAAACUCAUCGCAUUUGGAUGCUGUGCCUCAAGCAACUCAAAUAAGUAGGACCCGCGUACAUAAUAAAAAGGUGAGAACAUUUCCACUAUGUUUUGAUGACACUGAUAUGACAGCCAUGUUAGAAAAUGCAUCACAAAAGCAAGUGCUUGUUCCAAUACGUCUUGAUAUGGAAAUCGAAGGACAGAAGCUUCGAGACACCUUUACCUGGAAUAAGAAUGAAUCAAUCAUUACACCAGAACAGUUUGCCGAAGUGUUGUGCGAUGACCUUGAGUUGAACACAGUAACUUUCAUACCAGCAAUAGCAUCAUCAAUUCGUCAACAGAUUGAUGCCUUCCCCAGCGAGCCACCUGCUAUACUGGAAGAGCAAACUGACCAAAGAGUCAUUAUAAAACUCAACAUACAUGUUGGGAACACCUCAUUAGUUGAUCAGGUUGAAUGGGAUAUGUCUGAAAAAGAAAAUAACCCUGAACAAUUUGCAAUGAAACUUUGUGCAGAGCUGGGUUUGGGGGGCGAGUUUGUCACUGGCAUAGCCUACAGUGUGAGAGGACAACUUGGCUGGCACCAGCGCACUUUUGCAUUUAGUGAAGCACCACUGCCUGUUGUAGAGACUCCGUACCGUCAGCCUUCAGAAGCUGACCAGUGGGCACCCUAUCUGGAGACACUCACAAACGCCGAGAUGGAGAAGAAGAUUCGCGACCAGGAUCGAAACACGAGAAGGAUGCGCCGCCUCGCCAACACCACGCCCGAUGUGUCCUUGAGCCGCGCCGUCAACCGGCUGAUACGAGCCGACGAGGCGCUAUUCCAGACAACGCCCGAAAAGAGGAGGAAAAAGAUU